UUGAAGACUUUGGGUUAAAGUGUAGUACACACAACUUUGAGCUUCCCUUAUUCACUGGUUUUUAACAUUGAUUGCUACUCUGAGCUCAUCUUUAAGCUCUCUUUGGGCAUACAAAGUGGGCAUAAACUGUGGUCAGCUGCUUCCAUACAAAUGACAAGAAUUUCAUUGCUUGAAGCAGAGAAAUCAAAAGAGUCCUGAGGAAGGGGAAGUAAACCAAGACCAAGGCUGUAAGAGAAUCCAGCCGUGAAGAUGGUGGGCUGCCAGGAAUGCAGGACAGAAGAGGAGAUGGGGAGCAUUUACACCCCCAAAGUAUCACGCAAGACCCUGACCGCACCUGCCCCAUUUGCAGAUGAAACCAGCUGCCAGUGCCAAGCCCCCCAUGAAAAAUUGACCAUUGCUCAGGCCCGCUUGGGAACACCAGUUGACAGACCUGUUAGAGUGUACGCAGAUGGAAUAUUCGACCUCUUCCACUCUGGCCAUGCCAGAGCACUUAUGCAAGCUAAAACAUUGUUUCCCAACAGCUACUUGCUGGUAGGAGUUUGCAGUGAUGACCUCACUCACAAAUUCAAAGGCUUCACAGUAAUGAAUGAAACAGAAAGAUAUGAGGCUCUCAGGCACUGUCGUUAUGUAGAUGAAGUCAUCAGAGAUGCUCCGUGGACACUCACACCAGAGUUCCUAGAAAAACACAAGAUUGAUUUUGUGGCCCAUGAUGACAUUCCAUAUUCCUCUGCCGGUUCUGAUGAUGUUUACAAGCACAUAAAGGAAGCAGGAAUGUUUGUCCCAACUCAGAGAACAGAAGGCAUCUCAACAUCAGACAUCAUCACCAGAAUUGUUCGUGACUACGACGUUUAUGCCCGACGUAACCUCCAAAGAGGGUACACGGCUAAAGAGCUGAAUGUUAGUUUUAUAAAUGAGAAGAAGUACCGUUUCCAGAACCAAGUAGACAAAAUGAAGGAGAAAGUCAAGAAUGUGGAGGAAAAAUCAAAGGAGUUUGUUUAUAAGGUGGAAGAAAAGAGCCAUGAUUUAAUUCAGAAGUGGGAAGAGAAGUCUCGUGAGUUUAUUGGCAACUUUCUAGAACUCUUUGGACCCGAUGGAGCUUGGAAACAGAUGUUCCAAGAACGCAGUGGACGGAUGCUACAGGCAUUAUCACCAAGGCAGAGCCCGACAAACAGCCCAACGAGGGGUCGGUCUCCUUCCCGUUCCCCCUCUCCCACUUUCCCCUGGCUCCCAAACAAAACCUCUCCUCCUUCGUCCCCUAAAGCAGCCUCAGCCUCCAUCAGCAGCAUGAGUGAGGGGGAUGAGGAUGAGAAGUAAAGCAAUGAUUGUUGGCAAACUGGCUACAAGAACCACAGGGAGGGAUGACUGACCUUGCACACAGAGGUAUAGAGAGGGUGGGGGGAGGGCGUCAAGAGUGACCGAAGGCGAGUGUCUGACAUGAGCACCUUUGAGGUGGAAGGAUCAAGAUGAGACCUGGAAUUCUAACGGGAGCAGUCUCAGUAACAGCUCUGCUCCUUCAGUUUCUACACCAUCCUCAGGCACACGCUCAGCAUGGAGUUUGCCAGUUGUGACUCAGGACUGAUCGAACUGUACAAACAGUCAUCAUCACUAUUUUAAUCUCUAUCGUGGGAGGCAGAGAGAACCAGGAAGAAUUUGCACUGAAUAGAACUAUUUUCUGCUUCUGGUUUUUUGGUUUUUGGUUUUUGGGUUUCUUUUGUGCUGACCCAAACCUAAUGAGCAGCCUUCUGAGAAGAACAGUGUUUCCCUUCACUUGGCUGUGCUUGAAUUUCCUUGGGUGCCCUAGUAGACCCAAGGCUCACUAGAGUAAGAGAUGACCCACCAUUGUGGCAAGAUGCUUCAGAGGUGUUCAAGAAAUAGGAAAAUGAAAAAAGCCAAGUGGUCUAACUCAACUAUCCACCAUCUUCAAUGGGACCUGAUCUUGUAGAAGUAUCAACUCUCCAGUUUCAUGAAUAUGACCCAUUGGAGAGGACUCACUCUCCAAGCCAAACAACAAGGGUCACCUAGGAUGAAGCUUCUUUUUUUCCUGCCCCGACACCCCAGAUCACAGUUUUGUUAAGAGAUGUUCCCAACAGGACCUAACACCUCCUGUUGUGUUCUUUUUUUUUUUCCACAUGUUUGGGAUGGAAUACCCUCCCAGAAGUUGCUUUCAGUACGGAUCUUCUGGUUUGGAAAAUACAAGGGAAGUUAAAAUAGUAAGCAAAAAAAUGACUUUGAUCUGAUCAAAUCUGAGUUUCUUAGAUACUGAAAAUCUCCAAGAGAAACUCCUUAAAGAAAGUUCAUUAUUAUUAGUUCAUCUAUAAUGCCUUGUUCAGAGUGAGGCUUGCCUUCCUCUCUAACUGAUCAGGCAUUCUGAUAGACCUCAAGAGAAACUGUGCUCUCCUUGGGCACAGUGCACAAAUCAGGGCAUGGUGGCUUUGAAUGACCUGUUCUACAUACGCACCAUGUACACCACCCAGGUGUAUCCCAUAUGCAAUAUGAAUAUCGAGGAAUGUGCAUUUUAUAAGCUGUUCCUCUCCUGCUUUCUCCCCUGCCCAUUAGACUCAGCUUGAAUCCUUGGGAUAAAGUGCUACUUGGUUCCCUCUUGAUUCCAGUUCUUCACUGGCAGAGCUGGAAAGUCCUCCUUUGCUGUUUUGAGUCAGAGAAGAUGGCUCUGUCCUUGAAAGAAACGGGAUCAAUUGCUUUAACAUUUCUGAGUGGAAGGAACAAAGGAGGUGGUUUUUCCCUGAUACCUUUCUGGGACCUCAGUUUCGAUCUUAACCUUUUAGAUAAUUUGGUGCUGGUGUAGUUAUAUUCCUAUGCUGGGGGUAUUCAAAUAGGAAGCAUUCUUUGCACUCCUGUUCUAUCCUCUCCUUGGUGGUGGCCAUUUGUGGAGGUAUGCCCUCUGAAACAAUUCUCUGUGUUCUUUCUCCUAUACAGCACUAACAUUAAGGAAGCUAGCUAUUGCUUCCUAAAGAUUGAUGAUUAGAAAAACAUUUUGAGUCCCAGCUCUUGGGUAGAAAUGGGCCUACCCUCCUGGCUGCCUCUAUAAAGCCAGAGACUAAGUUGGCACAUAGAGCAAUGGUCUACACCAGCAAUUUCUCAGAGGAAGUCCAGGGCCUCUUGUGAUGUAGCUCUUGCCACAGCUCUUGAGUGUCAACCUUCAAGACAUUGGGGAGAUCCCACCCCUGAAAGAAAGAUGACAUGAUGCCCUCUCUGCUACAAUGGGGUUAAACUACCUCUCUGCCCACCUGAAGAUAAGUGAGAUUAGAAAGUGAAAUUCUAAGUUAAACCCACAAAAGCCUGUCCACUCAGUCUAGUUCAUACCCACCUUGUCCUCAGGUUGGUGGCCACCACACUCAGCCCUCAUGUGCAGCCAAAGGAAUGUACUUGGUGUGAAAUCCCCACGUAUAGAUGAGGGCAAGGAUCAAAGUGCCACGGGCAAGGGAAAAAACCACAGGGGCCGAGUUGCUCCAUCUCCAGCGCAUUACUUGGGGUCUUUGCUUCUGCCUCACAACUGAUGCAAGUUGGCUAGCCAUGCUUGCUGUCUCAGCUUGUGUAAAGCCUCUGCCAAAGCAAAAGGUUAAGGAGGAAAACAAGCUGAAAAAGCUGGAUUGAUAGCAGUAAGAAAGGGAAAGUGAAAGUGGGGAAAGAAAGGAAAAUGGGGAAAGGGAAACAGAGAAGAAAAACUGGGCAUGGGAAAGAGUAUACGUUAAAGCCUCACUUAUCUUGUCUCCAAGGUCUAUGGGGUGGCUACACUUUCCUGAUAAGUUGCCUUACAGUGAGUUCUUUUUCCUAUUUUAGUGCUAAAAUUUUGGUUUCAGUGGCUAAAAUGUUUUAAUAACUAACAAUACCCUGGGAGGGGUUCAAAAGAGAUAAGCUCAUUUCUCAGUUCUGUUUUGAAGCAAAUGGUGUUAUAACCACAUGGGCAUCCUAAGUGACAGGGGCCACCAGGAUGUAUUGGCAGAUUUGGUGCCAAGAUAUGUUUGCCACUUGCAGAAAACAGCAGCUAUGUGGCAGAUCCUGGGCAUAGCUAAAAUAGAACCUACUGGUGAGUUCUAGGGUAAGGGAGAGAAAUACUGUCUUUUGAGUCAGAGAGUCUGUGACUGAAUCUCAGCCCUGUAACUCCCUGAGUGACCUUGGGCAAAUCACUUACCCCCUCUGGGCCUCAGUUUCCCUUGACAAAAUGAGUAGAUUGUUUUUAAUGUCCUUUCUGAUCCUAAAACUAUGGUUCCCCAUAUAUUGCCUUCUUUCUUCCAACAUCACUUGGGGUUGAGGGGCACAAGUUCAGGAAGGGGGAUUAAACUGAUCUAAUCCUUUGACUUUCACCUAGCUAUCCUCCAACUAACUCAAGCUCUCACAAGUUUUUUGCACAGGACCCCUGUUUUCUGAAUCAGUGUUUACUUAGAGUGCCUGAUCUUAUCCUGCCGUAGACAGCAACGAAGAGCAAAGAAUGGGUGGCAUGGGUGAAAAAGAGGAAAUAAAAUAGAAAACAGGCUGGAAGAAGUAAGAGAGAAGUAGAAGGGCAGAAAAAACAGGGAUUAUGCUUCUUGGCCAGGAGAUGAGAGGAUACAGACUGAGGGAGGCAGAAGAAGGGGGGGCAUUAUGGAAUGUAGGGGCUGUGGUGCAGAAGGAAUAGGCACAGAGCAAUGAGUAAUGAAGAGAGGAGAUGGGGAUGGGAAAGGGAAGCAGAUAAAAUGCUAAAAGGUUCAAAAUGUCAUGGGAUAAUAAACAUGGAAGACUUGCUUGUGGAAAAAAAAAGCAGGAAAGAAUAUAGUGGGGGGGUUUUAAAUGUUGAGUGUGGGUGUGCGUAUUGGAGGGGGGUUUAUGUGUGUGUAUGUGUGUACCAGUCAACUGACCUCUAGAUUUUCCUAGUCUAAGAAUGGUUAGCUUAGUUGCUAUUUGGAAGAAGAUACAUGAACCUUAGGGGGAAUCAUUAACACUAGGUCUUUGCACAUAUCCUUUGCAGUCUCACAAUGCAAGCAUUUGCUCUUCCACCAGCUAAGGAACAUCACCCUUUUACUUAGCUUUUCAUAGUUCCAAAGGCCAACCUCUUCCAUGUCAGCUGGGCAAACCAAUGGGAGGGUAGUCUUGCCUGCCUUCAUCUUUCAUUCACUUAACACAGGAACAUCAGAAGGAUUAAUGGGUCAGAAGCAAGCUAACUUCUUUAGUGAAAAGAAUGUGAAAGUCGUGCUUGUUUGGUUGAUGACUACUCUCUGUAAAACACAGGCACAGUAGUUAUUAUUCAAUCUUUAUGCCUUAGGUGAAUACUUACUGUAAUUCUAUCCUUUGGGGGACGAAUGGGACAAACACCUGGACAACUUCCUCUAAUUUCUAAGACUAUUUUCAGCUGAAUUUCAUGAGCCCAGAUAUAAUCAGCUGGGGAUGGCCAUGUUUCUUCAGCAUCAGUUUAAUAUCGGUUUUGGUUUGAGAAACAAUGACGUUGGGUCCUUUAAAGAAAAAAAAAAACUCGGGUCAUUUGCUACUCAUGCCAUUCUCUAGACUUGAGAUUUUCAUCAAGUCACUGUGAUCUAUCCAGGGACAAAGCCAUAGGGAGUACAUACACACACACACACAUAUAUGCCCCCGUACGCACACACAUCUAUAUACAUAUACACACGUAUUUAAAUAAAAAUAUGCCAUACUUGAGAUCGUGUCUGGGUUAAUGGUAUACUAAAGCCCGAGCAUCUGUCCUGGUGCUGUACACUCUACACCACUGGAAUUGAAUUCCCUCCGUACUCCUACUCCCUAAUGGAACACAAAAUCUCCAGAUAGUUUAUAAACAAACGAAUGCAGAAUUGCACAUUUGGGACUGUCAUUUUUUUUAAAAGUGUGCUUCUGUGUGUUCAGGCUUAGAGGCCCUAGCUCAAAAUGAUAAAAUAAAUGAUUUAAAAUUGCUGGUA